AUGAUCUAUGCGGCUCUUGCGUUCUCUAUCAUCUUCGGAUUAUUCCAUGAAUUCUGUGGAGGAUGGUUUACGAACGAUAUUCUUGCAUUUUCAUCUAUUUACAUAGCGUGCUCAAGAAUACAGGCUGUGAGCUAUCAGACGGGCGUAAUAUUAUUAGUGGGAAUGGCGCUGUUUGAUUUGUUCUGGCUCUAUGUUAUAGAUUUAUUGAGUGAGUACAAAAAUUCUAUUUUUUUCUGUUUUUCUUAA